AUGUAUUUUAGUCACGGGUUUAAAUAUAUAAGGUGACACCAAUACUAGUAACAUUGAAAAAUACACACGCACACACUACACACAGCUCAUUUAUGCGCUGUGUGUGCGCGUGCGCGUGCAGGGCUCGUCUCUACUACUUUUUUUUUUUUUGUGCAUGAGUAGUUCAGUUCAGUCUGUCGGCUGCUCGCUGCGUGAACUUGCUGCGCCUCUGUGACGGUCACGGUGGUGGUGGGGGCCGGCCGCCGCAGACAUCAGCAGGCGGGGAGGGGAGCGACGCUUUCCGCCCGCCAGCCCCCCGGAGCAGAGCGAGGGAGCGAGCAGGAGGGGGCGGGUGGCGGUCGGUGCUUCGAGCCGAGCCGAGGCGAGGACGACACGGGAGGAGAGAGGCGCUCGGGACCCGCAGCCUGCCCGGCACUGACAGGGAUGUCGCGAGGUCCUGGAGUCGAUGGACGCAUUCGAACCGGCGGCGCAGCAACCGCGGAAGAACGCUCGCCUUGAACUCUUUGACUCCCUCCCACGUUCAACGUUCAACGUUGAACCCAUCUGCACCCGGACACCAGAAUCAAGGCGGGGCUCUUUUUUGGCUCUCCACUGACCGCCAACACCUACAAGCUCCGCCUCCUUGUAGAUAUAAGUUCUCCACUCAGGACCGUGAGGCGGGAGGCUCGCAGGGCGAUGAUUCCACAUGAAGCACGAGGCAGUCGGCCCCACGUCGUCUUUGGCGGCAGCAGCAGGUGUGACGUCCUGACGCUCUCGGGCUCACCGUAGAGUCGCCCCCGGAAACCCAACCUUCUCCCCCUUUGUCCCUUCGCCCUUAAGGUUAGACAACAAUUAGAAGGAGUGUGGAAAGUGAGAACAAAAGCCAGAGGAAGGCGGGAUCACCGAAAAGCAAGGAUCAAGAACGUACUUGAGCAGGGAUCAGGAUGAAGUCCAAUCAUGAACGGAGUAAUGAAUGUCUGCCCCCAAAGAAGAGGGAGAUCCCACCCAGCAAGCUGCCGUCAGAAAGCCGUUCCCCGAUCGUACCGCCUCCCGCCGCCGAGUCUCAGCCCCCCGAGAACGUGGCCUGGCUGGUGGCCGGCGGGAACGGGAGCACCGCGAGCGCCCAUCGGAGCACCGCCGAGUCGGACUGCCACCACUAUAAAUCCCUCUCCUCCACGUAUGACUCCAUGAGGCUGGUCUCGUCCCUUCCUGCCGUCUACACGUCACCCCUCUCCCAGACCCAUGUGGGAGGAACGGUCCAUUACACCCAACUGCCGCCCAAUCUACAAUUCAUCGCUUCGCCUUACAGCGCCCCUUACGCCGGCUACAUUGCUCCUCAACUUCUUCCGCCUCCUCCUCCGCCGCCACCCCUCUCCUCUUCUUCCUCUCAUAGGUUGUCGUCGCACCCGGAGACACACUCUGCUUCCUCGCAAGCCUCCAAAUAUGACCAACAGCGAGCGUCUAUCCUGUACACUUCCGCUAUGCCUCCGCCGCCCACCUCCUCCCUGCACCACCAUCAGACCCUGGGUGCACACUACACAGAUAGAGGAACCACCAGAAAAGAGGAGGGCGGCCCAGGCUCCAGAGAGCUUCACAACGGGGGACUGGAGCUGAGCCGGAGGUUUGGUGCCACGCCGGAGAAAGCGGUCAAAUCGCGUGACGCCUACGAGGCCUGCCAGCUAGUUCUCCCGUCGGACUACGCUCACGACCCCUCGGCUCUGAGAACCUCCGUCAUGCUCAUGCCCAACAGCCAUGGCGACCACCAGCUGGCACCAUCCCGGGGCAGCCCUGGGAAGACGCACCUGGAGAAAGGCAGUAUCCUCCUGGGAAAGCCGGUCAACCGCACCCCACCCUCCGCCAACCACUCCUUUACAUUUCCGCCCCCCUUAAGUGUAGACAAUCUAAAAGCUGCUGUCAGCCCCCUAUCGCCACAGACUGUUAUUCAGACGACUCACAAUUCGACAGUGGAACCCCACGCCAUGGGGCUCCCCCCCACCAGUAUCUACCCCCAGUCUCCAGUGAUUGGUUACAUAACAGGGGCCAGCGGCAGCCAGCAUGCACCGAUCAGCUACCAUACCGGCCUACAGCAACACGUGCUCAUCGCAGGAGCCCAGCCGGUAAUCCUCCCGGUCAGUGGAAGUGGUGUGACCACCCUGGAGCCCCCCACGUCCCAGGUGGCGACGUCGUCCACCCAGGCCUACAGAGGAGAAACUCCAGACAAUCACGCCGGCUCAUACCACCAGGUCGCCUCGGGUGCGGUGGUUCAAGCCCAGCUCCACCUGCCCAUGGUUCCGUCGGUGGCGCCCGCUACACCGUCGAGCGGGGCGGCGGCUCCCCCGUCUCUGCCGGCGUAUUUCGUCAAAGGCUCCAUCAUCCAGCUGGCGGAUGGUGAGCUGAAGCGCGUGGAGGAGCUGAAGACGGAGGACUUCAUCCAGAGCGCUGAGAUCAGCAGCGAGCUGAAGAUCGACUCGUCCACGGUGGAGCGCAUCGACGGGAGCCGUGCCUCGCCCAACUUUGCCGUGGUUCAGUUCUCUGUGGGCGAGUACCGUUCACAGGUCAGCGUAGAGGUCUUGGUGGAGUAUCCCUUCUUCGUCUUCGGCCAGGGAUGGUCGUCAUGCUGCCCGGACCGGACCACCCAACUCCUGGAGCUGCCUUGCACCAAGCUCUCUGUGGGCGACGUUUGUAUUUCGCUCACCCUCAAGAACAUGAAGAACGGAUCCCUGACCAAGACUCACACUGCGGAGCUAGUCCCCACUUCCUCAGCCCCAGCCCACCGAGCCCCCAAGACCGUCUCCGGCGUCCCCCAGAGCUCCAGUGGAGGUGGCUCCAGACACGGGGAGCGGGAGAACGGCGUCGGUCCACCGGGGAGCGUCGCCGCUUUGGAAAACGGGGAUCUCGGGUUCGGGGAAAGAGGAUUCAUUUUGAAAGAGGACCCUGGGAAGCCUACUGUUGGCGGCAGAAAGCGCAGAUGGUCGGCCCCCGAGGGUCGGAAAGUGGAGAAAGCCGAGGAGCCGCCCUUGACCUUGGCCAAACCAUCUUUCAUCCCUCACGAGGUGAAAGUCACCAUCGAGGGAAGGUCGAAUAUUGGCAAGUGAAGACAUCGGGAUUCCUUGCAAAACCACGAAUGCCCACUUUCUUUCGGUUCUUUUUUAAAAUCUUGAAUACUCUACUGUAGAGACAUGUUGUCACUUUAUUAUUAAGUCAUGUAGUCCGACACAAACAAUCUGUGCAGUUUUUUGGAUGGUUUUCACACGAUCUGGUAAAAGCGUGCUGUCUCGUGUGGCGCACGUUAGCUUGUAGCACGUUAGCGUGACUUGGCAAUCUUGUUGCGUGAGAGAGAGAGCGAGACAGAGAGAGAGAGAGAGUGAGAGAGUGAGAGGGAACAAGACUUCUUCACGUCGUUAGCUUAGCGUUUUAGCCUUCCGGCCAAGUUUUGAUCCUUCUUCUUCUUGUGUUUCACCAGUUUUAAAUGAUUGUCAAACAAUUCUGAAUCAGGGGUUAUAAAAAGUGGUAGGUGGAACUGUGUCAGGUCAGUGUUGGUUUUAUAGAUAAUAGAUAUAAAACUUCGUAUUACUGCAAACACACUGGGGUUGGCGAAUGUUCGUGUUUGGUGAUAAAAUUUGACUUUAUAUUUUUGUAACGAGAUUGGAAGAGAGGCUGUCUGAGAGGAUUUUGGCUUUUAGUUAUUUUUAAACGCAGUACUGUAUGUUUGUUGGGGGGGGGGGGGGGGGGUGUAACAAGUAGCAGCAGCAGCACUUUUGGCGAACGAAGUGGGGGGGGGGGGGGGUUGUUUUUUUUGUUUUUUUUUGUUUUGGGACCCGCCGAUGUGCCUCAAAGGAGAAAGAAAUGUAAGUGGUGAGAAAUGUUGAUGACGAAAAGCUCGUGGCGGAGCGAGUUUUGAAGGGUGUCUUUGAAUUUGUGUGCAAAAUGUCUGUCUGCACACACACACACACACAAAUCAACACAAAACAGUCGAGGCCAUCCCUCUAAUUCGACGUAUGUACUGUAUUUGUAGUGCGGGUGUAUGGAGACGCUUCUGUUUUGGUGCGUUUUGUCCCCCGGCGGACUGCUUUUUCAACGUCAUACACACUCGUUGUUGAACAGUACAGUUGCACAGUGCUAUGUGGUGUGUUUGUGUAUGACUUUAUGUACAGUAUACUGUGUAUAGACAAAUAAUACACUCACUUCAUAAAUAUAAAUAUAUAUAUGUAUAGCGAGCGAAAGCGAGAAAGACAAUGUCCAGUGUUCCCACUUUGGAAUCUUCAAAGAGAAUCUUGCAGUUUGCACAUCAGGAGGAAGGAAGGUCGUUUUUGUUUGUUUUGAUUUUGGCGGACCCUGUUUUUCAGACGAGACCACCAGAAAAAACGAAACACUGGAUGAGCCCCAAAUUUCUUAAUCAUUUACUGUUGGUCUAUUUAUACAGCGAUACCUUGACUUACAAGUUUUCCGAGUCGGGGGGGGCGACAUAUGUGCAACCCAUGUGGCGACUUGUGAGCGACCCAAGAGCUACCAAGGGGCAACGUACAAGUGCCCAAGGGUCCUUUGGCCCCACCUCGGAGGAUAUCUGGUGGCAAUGUUGGGUGCGACUUGUGGGCCCCCUGUCUCGCUCCCACUUUUGGGGCUUGUUCAGUCAAUAAGCUGGUAGUCAGGAAGGAUGUGACGUGCACCUGGGAGUGACUCUGGGGCAACCUCGGGCCAAACUAGGGUGCAACCAAGGGGGCAACUUUCGACAAUCUAGGAAUACUUAGUGAGUGAUCUUGGGGUAAACCGGGGGUGACUUAGGGGGAGACCGAGGGCGCAACAUGGGAGAGAACUAGGCGGUACUUAGGGGCAACCUAGGCCCUAUGCAGGUGUUAUUGGGGGGCAACCUGGGUAAUGUCCUCACCUGCUCCCUGUUUCGGCCCAAGUUUUGCUCUUAUUUUUGGGCUUGUUUCGUCAGGGAACCUGGGAGUGACUCCGGGGGCUAUCCUGGGGUAACCCUGAAGGUAUCCUUGGGGAAACGUGGGGGAAUUACUGGGGCCAACAUAGGAGGCCACCUAGAGGCCAAUAUGACCGAGAGGUCCUUUUUUGUAUAACCAAGGAACUACUUAGGGGCAAGUUAGAGAAAAAUCCAGGGAACCACCUGGGGGGUGACCCCAGGGGUACAUAUGGGGCACCAGGGGGAUGUCCUCAAUGGCAACCUGCCUUGCUCCACUUUCGGCGUUUGGUUUUUAUGCUUGUUGAGUAAACAAGCUGGCAGUGGUGACAGCGGGUGCACAGGUGGAUGCUGAGUGGGUGAUGAUGAUGAUGAUGAUGAUGAUGAUGAUGUUGAUGAUGAUGUGCUUGGUGGAUGCGCAGUGCAUACAUAUUAGAUUCUAAAGAUGCUUUAUUUUUUUAACAAUAAAAAACAACAGGGUUCCACUUUGUUUUCAACUGAAUCUUCACAAUCACAAGUGGAAGUCAUGUGGAUGCCUUGUAUGUAUUGAGCGUGUAUGCCAACUUUUUAUUUUGUUUUCAAAUGUCCCCACUGGAACAUCUAAUCCAACUAAUCAGCCUCUUGGAACCUCUAAAACCUUUCCUCUUCUUCAGGUUCAAAACACACACAAAGUAACUAACGGAGCCAAAGCCAAGUUAUGCUUGCGUUACUAUGGUUACUUAAGAAAGCAAUAUCAUGCACUUUGCUCGUGUAUGAGUGUAUUUUAUGUACGCACACACACACACACACGGAAUCAUUCCACUGGAGUAGUUGGCAAUAAACAUUUCAUUGGUGAUCCUCCAGCAACCAAAACCCUCACGAGAAAAAAAAAAAAAAUAAUCUUUCAGGAGCACCUGAACGCAUCGUCGUAUUCAGGGAUCUGUCCUCGUAUAUAUGCAGUAAGUCAACGCAACCCCCACAAACUUCCCGCCAGAGUCUUGCACCUGGCAAGACGGCCUCCUGCUCUUUUCUGCAGAGGGCGACACUCUUUCAUCCUCAAUAACCGUUAGCUACCUUUGCUGCAGUGGCGUAGCGGGGGGGCAGCGGGCAGGUCCCCCCAGGCGAUGAGUUUUUGGGGGUGGGAACAUUUCUCAGGAGAAGUCGUCGUGGCGUCCUGGGCCCAACCUAUGGGCAACCAGAGGGCACCUGGGGGCCAACUAGGGGAUGAUCUAGGACUUUCUGGGGGAGACUGAGGUAAUCAUGUAGGGGUCAACCAGCAGGCAACUAACAAGGGGAUCGUUAAGUGGGGGGGGGGGGGGGGGGUUGUAACCUGCACAACCCUCGCUACGCCACCGCUUUCCCAGACCGCUUGCUUCCCGCCUAAUUUCAUUUUUUUUGUUUUUUUGUUUUUGUUUUUUUGUUUUAAACUUACAUCCCGAAGGGAGUUGACUGUUUCUGAGCGAGCGAUAGGGGACGGGGGUUCUGCUUUGACGCCGAAUCAAUGUUCUGUCAUGUGCAAUAUGAGAAUAACUCACGUUCUCCUUUUUCUUCGCCGUCUUGUGUGCCAAGUCGAUGUGUCAUCGUGCUAACCGCUAGCUUGCGCGUGUUCCCGUUUCUUUGCCGGCGGGCGGCCUUCUUGUGAAUGGACAAACCUUGCUCAAGGUUCAUAAAGACAAAUGUCAUUGCCACAGUGGGGACCAAAUAUAUAUAUAUAUAUAUAUAUAUAUAUAUAUAUAUAUAUAUAUAUAUAUAUAUAUAUAUAUAGUAUUUUUUAAAAUAAACAAAGUCCUUGAAAACAACAGAUGAUGCACGUGAGUAGAGGUUUUUAAAGACUUGAUGACGUUUCAGCACUUUGGAAUCCUGGCUUGGGUGGCAGCCGCCAUCUUGGACUGCUAACUUCUCUUCGAUGAAUAACAAAACACAAAAAUGGGCGACUGGGGAAAAAAAAGAGAAGAAAAAAAAUGAAAGAAAAAAGAGAAAGUAAAGUUUGUUUGUCUUUGGACAUUGGCGUAACACACCAUUAUCUUGAAUUGCUACCUUCUAUCCAACCAAUGACAAAAAGUGAGUUGUUGGACAAAAAAAUUACAAUUUAAAUCAAAAUACUUAUUUUUUUAAUUUUAAUUUUUUUUUGCAUUUCAAAUGCUCUUAAUGUUUUUUGUUUUUUUUUGCACAUUGGUGUAACACACCUGCCAUCUUUGACCGCUAUUAUCUGUCCAAAAGAUAAGAAAAGUGGGUCACUAUUGAUGGAAAAAAAAUAUUUUUAAAAUAUUUUUUAAAGUGUUAAUUAUCUUAAGAUUUUAUUUUUUAUUACGUGGUGUAGCACCUGCCAUUUUGGGCCACUAAGUUCUCUCAAAAGAAUGACAAAAACGGGUGACUGUUGAUAAAAGAAAAAAUUUAAAAAUUGAAAAAUUAAAAAAACAAACUAAUUUAAACAUAAAACUCAUUUGAAUUUGAGAUUUUCUGGGGUUUUUGUUGUUGUUUUUGUGCACAUAGUAAAGCAAAGCACCUGGCGUGAGGACCACAACCUUCUCUCACAUGAAUGGCAGACGUGGGAGACUUUUAAUUGAUUGGGGGGAGGGGGGGGGGGGGGAAAUAAAACAGACAAUAAAUAUAAACGAAUAAAUAAAAAAAUAAAAAAUCGAUAUUUUGCACAUUAACACAUUGUUUAGCAUAGCAACAAUCAUCUUGGACCGCCACCUUCUGUCACGUGAAUGACAAAAGUGCACCCACUUUUGAUCGGGUGGGGCUUGGGGAAAGAGAAGAAAAAAGGCCGAACAUUUUAGCAAACAAAAAGACAAUUUUGUUUGACUAUUUUGCACAGUCUAGCAUUGGAAAAAUUGGGGAAGAGAAGACAAAAAGGCAGAAAAUGUCAUUUAAUUUCUUUUCUUUUUGUUCUUCCGCAUUGCCUAGCGUAGCAUCCGCCAUCCUGGACCCGCUAACUUCUUUUGACAAAACCUGGGCGACAUUUUUCGUAUUUUUUGCAUUUGUUUUAUCUUGCACAUGAUCUGAGGGCGUGUUGUUUGGGGUCCAACGGGCCGAGGUGCCACGCAGGCGGGCGGCGCAUACCCACGUCGCCGUCCUCACAUUGUUUUCUACGAUUUGGUCGUGUGUUUGUAUGUCGCGCUCGUGUCGUACCGUCAUCCGCGAGGAAACUACCAGAAUGUCCAGUGUGAAUUUUUUUUACGACAAGCGUCCUCAAUGCGGAGGAUCACUUUUCGCUCUGUCAUUUUUCUUGCACAACUUGACGAUUUAAAAAAAAAAAAAAAAAAAAGAAUGUUUGAGCUUUUUGGAUGAGAAACUAUGGAAAAGGAUAAAACAGUUCGUUGGCACUUUUGUUGUGUUUUAAAAUUUAAUCAAGAUAUUUUUAUUUUAGUUUAUUUUAAUUGUUUGUCCAUAGCGCUGGAUAACCAACUCAGGCAGAAAGGAAAUAAAAUAAUUAAAAAAAAAAAGAUAAAUAAACAAGUGUAGACCCACUUUAAAACUUGUAAUCAAUUUCCAAGGUGGGCUGUUUGGCUUGUGUAAAAUGUGUAAAUUAAUGAGAACUAAUUUAAUAUGAUUAACAAUGAUGAUGAUGAUGAUGAUGCAGUAUGUAUGAUGCUGGAGAUAAUCUGGGAUUGUCUGCCCUCCUUCACCGUCUUUGCACUCCGAGGAACUGAACUUGACGGCGGCUUGCAGAGGACAAUGUGGCCUGCGGGGGCCGGGCAGUGAUUCCCAGUUUGUACUCGCUUGUACUCAGCAUCUCUUCACCCUUCCUCCUCCUCCUCCUCCUCUCCUUCUUCUUCUUCUUCUUCUUCUUCUUCUCCAGCCAUGGAGAAAGCUUGUGGCUGUACGUAUUUGACGUAUGUGUACAAGUGCACCUCUUUGAAAAAACAAAACAAAAUGAAAUCUUGACAUAUCGGUAAUAAACCUGCACUUUUGUGUUUUU